CCGCCGCGUCUCCUUCCUGUGCUGCUCAUCGGCCCACAGAAACAAAGUUGGCAGCCAUUAUGUCCCCUUUCCCUUUAUCCGCCCGUGUGAAACCAUUUCCCUGAAUAAGCGCGCAGUGUUUGCGGUGUGUGCUUGCUGUAGCCGGCAGCAGGAGCGGAGCGGAGCGGGGAGAGGCCGAGGCGGAGCCGGUUCGUGAGUCUCGGCUGUGUUCGGCUGCAGUCGGGCGCCGCUGUGCUGAAUGUGAUGGACGCAGGCGAGGCGGCGGUGAAGCAGCUCGGGUUAGCCGCAGGAGUGGAGGAGGAGAAGGCCGGGGGACUGCAGGAGGAGGAGGAAGAGGAGGAGGAGGACGAAGAGGGGGAGCGCUCCGAAAGCGAGCCGGACGAAGCCGAAGUGAGCCCGAUGCCCGGCAUGGCGGAAGCGGCCAACAUCGCUCUAGCCGAGUCGCUGCCGAACACAGACGACGGCGGAGCGCCGUUUGCGGGUCGGUUUACUCCAGCAGUCCCGCUCACACAGACUCACUGCGCCUCCGCGCUCACUUUCACACAGAGGGGGACCAGACCAGACCAUACCAAACCAUACGAUACUAUACCAGACAAACAACGACGAUAUUUGGAGGUUACAACUGUGACAGUCAGCGAUGUCCAGAGUGCAGAUGACAACGUUUUCUCAACAUCGGUUGCCACGACAGCCUCCAUCCCCGAACAUGUGCUUACAGGCAGAACCACUCUGCAGAUUGGGGACAGUCUCAGCACGCAGAAAGCCACGCUGAUCGUUGUGCACACGGAUGGGAGUAUAGUGGACGCUACAGGCCUGAAAGCCACAACAGCACCCAUGACGCCAGGGCCUCCGACUCCCUCCACCCCACUGACUCCGAAUCAUGAGAAAGAUGUGAACAAGUAUAAUUGGGAUCCGUCCGUGUACGACAACGAGCUGCCCGUGCGCUGCAGGAACACCAGUGGUAUCCUGUACAAGAACAGACUAGGAUCAGGUGGCAAAGGACAUUGCAUCAAAUGCAACAAUAACUGGUACACGCCAACGGAGUUCGAAGGGCUGGCUGGAAGAGCCAGCAGUAAGGACUGGAAGAGGAGCAUUCGUUAUGCUGGGAGACCUCUACAAUGCCUUAUCCAGGAGCACAUCCUCAACCCCCAUGCUGCAUCUUGUACAUGUGUGGCCUGCUGUGAUGAUCUAGCUGUGAACAAGGACGGAUCCUUCGGAGGCGACAGCAUAUCUAUGACUGGACCUGUGCGACUCUUCGUCCCUUACAAGAGGCGGAAGAAAGAGUGCGAGCGUCCGGCAUCUCCAGAGAAGAAGGAGACACCACCACCCAAGAACAUUACUCUACCACCUGGGGCUGCAUUCACAGUGACCCCAUCAGGUCAGCUCACCACUGCUGGUACACUGACCUUUGAUCGAACGGCAACCGGAGACACGACAACCCUCAUUUCCGACAGCUCUGCCUCUUCAGACGUCUUCAGCAGCACAACAGUGCUGACCACGCUCCCGGCUCUGACUGUCGUCCCUCAGCAGUCCGUGUUACAGGCGAAAGCUCCCACUGCAGCCGGACUGGCCAACGGCUUGGAGAUAAGCGAGCAGCGCACCUGGCUGUACCUGGAGGAGACGGCCAAUACACUACUCAACACCGUCCAGCAGCUCAAAGCAUUCAUCGCCCAGGCCAAACAGGCCAGCCAAACCAACAGCAGCCUGGAGAAAAGCAACUGCAGCAGGAAGGAUUCUUUUCCCAGCCAACUCUCGCUUACUGAUGACACAGAGGGGAAGAUUACUGAAAUUAUCAUCAAGCAUACCUGUGUGAACUGUGGCCGUGAAGCUUCUAGCGAAUGUGCAGGCUGCCACAAAGUCUACUACUGUUCUAACUUCUGCCAAAAAAAGGACUGGAAGGAUCACCAGCACAGUUGCUCUCAGCCCAGUGUAGCUAUGGGAGUUCAUGAUGAGGCUCACAUAGCCAGCAUGGAGGCAGAGAAGGUCAAGUCAUAGCCUCAGUACGGACACAGGCAGUGGUGGUGGAAUAAUCCCACCCUCACCUUCUACGAUGUAGAAACACACUAUAUGGCCAAAAGUAUGUGGACACCUGGCCAUCACACCCAUAUGUGCCCCCCCCCAAAAAAAAAAAAAACUGCUGUAACAAAGUUAGAAACGCAGAAUUGUUUUCGGACGUCUUUGUAAUUUCCUUCACUGGAAUUAAGAGGCUUAAACCUGUUUCAGCAUGACAGUGCUCCUGUGCACAACGCAGGCUCUGUGAAGACCUGGUUUGCCAAAGUUGGAGUGGAAGAAGUCGUGUGUCCUGACCUCAACCCCACUGAACACCCUUGGGAUGAACUGGAACGCCACCUGUGUUCCAAGCGUAUAUAACAGAAAGUGGGGAAUAAAUCUGAAACGGGAUGUUCAGCAAGCACAUGUGGUGGGCUGGUUGAUGAUGUGUCCACAAACUUUUGGCCAUAUUGGGCAGGACACUUUUUUGAAGAAGAAGAAGAACAAGCAUAACACCAGAGACUGAAAUGAAACCUUUAUGCAAGAUGAGGAAACGGAGUUGGUCUUGGAAACCACUGCAGUUCUUCUCAGUCUCUGAAGCAUGGCUUAACACAAAAUAAGAUUAAUGUGAAUAAAAAUAUCGAUGCGAUCAUGAACCCAAGGCUCAAGGAGCACGAUGAUGAAUAUAUGACUUCGUUUAUACCUUGAACGUUGGACAGUAUUUAAAUUAAAUGUAUAAUAUGUAAUCAGUGUAAUUUGAUGAGAAACAACUGCAAUCAUCGAAUAGUACCGAUAAUAUUAGGUGAAUUGGUUUUGACUAGAAUUUUGUAAAUGUAAUUAAUAUGUCCAUACUGACAGCAGACACUAGCAUGCAGUGUUACAUUUACUCCAGGAAGCACAACAAACUACCUUACAAAGUAAAGAGACGUCAAAGAGGUGGGGGGGUCGGGGUGGUCUGUUACAUUAAUCAUGCAUCAAUGAUUUACCAGCUUAGCUGAAAAUACCCCAGCUUCAGUUAUUAUUUUAUUUUAUCCUUAUUUGACUGCUUGUAAAAAUCUACUCACACUUCUGUCAUUGGAAAAUCGAAUAUGAAUGAUAUAAACAAAUGCAAAACUCCACUUCGGGCUGUUUUGAUUACUCCAGUACAAACAUUAUUAAGUUAUGAUGAAGUGGAACCUGUUUUUUUCACCAGGCUGC